AUGCCCACCGAUGCAGUCACCACCGUCGCCAUUGCUGGCAUCACUGGCAGUCUCGGCAAGCUCAUCGCUGAAUACCUCCUGGCCAAGCCAAAUGUCCGCAUCCAUGGGCUCUGCCGAACGCCUACCAAGCUCCCCCAGUCACUCCGCGAUGAACCCCGUCUCACCGUCUAUGCCACAUCCUCUACCGACAUCGCCGCGCUCCGUGAUGCCCUACGUGGUUCCGACGUAGCCAUCUGUUGCUAUCUCGGUCCCAACUCCCUGAUGGUUGACGGCCAGAAACUACUCAUUGACGCCUGUAUCGCUGAGGGCGUCCCUAGAUACAUUGCCGGUGACUGGUCGAUGGAUUUCCGGAAGCUGGAACUUGGCCAACACCCUCCGAAGGAUCCGAUGAAGCUUGUGCAAGCAUACCUAGAGGAUAAGGAAGCCGCUGGACUGUUGAAAGCCGUCCACGUGUUGAACGCAUGCUUCUUAGAACGACCGUGGGUGGGAAUUUGGGAUCCCAAGCGUAACCUGUUCAAGUACUGGGGCACGGGAGAUGAGCGAUGGGAGUUCACAACAUAUCGGAACGCAGCCCAGUUCACCGCAGAGGUGGCGGUAGACAAUAAUGCAGUUGGAUGGUUCUCAUUCCGUGGCGAUCACGUCAAUAUCAAAGAGAUCGCUGCAGAAUUCCAGACCGUCUAUGGCGAAGAGCCGGGACUGGAACGACUGGGAAGCUUGGAAGAUCUGUUCAAGCUUAUGCAUCAGAAACGGGACCAGAAUCCAGACAAUGCCCCAGCCUGGUUGGGUCUGUUCUACACGUACUAUUCCAUCAACGGCCAAACAACUUUGCCGUUACCUUUGGACAAUGACCGCUACCCUGCUGUCAAGUUAGUCACUGUCAGAGAUUUCUUUGCUAAGACGCCCAAGGAACGACUUGGAAAGUUCGGGGUCUUUCAAUCGUAA